UCCUCAGUCCCCAGCGUACGCUCUUCGACACUACGUCGUUUCGUCCCUAACCUCCGUCGAUCCAAACAGACCAAAUUACCAAUUAGGGUUGCAGAGUGAGAGCCUAGAUGAUGUUUCUCUUCUUCAAUUGGAGUAUAAUAUUUUUCUUGCUCUAAAUCUUUUUUCUAAAUUCAUCACUGUGUGUGUCUUUCUCAGUUUACUGCAAUUCAAAGCAACGGUAGUGAUAGUGUAUUCAUAGCUUCGAUUACAAUCCACGGACCCACAGUCCCACACCCCCGAAAUCAAAUUCUCUGAUUUUAACUUCUCUCUCUUUUUCUCAUUACUUACCAUUUCGUAAUUACAAUUUUUUUUCAAAAUGGCUCCUCCUAGGAACCAGAACAAAGCCCCAAUUCCUUCUAGCCCUUCAAAUAGUAAGUACGCAACAGAUGAAAUAUCAGUAGAUAAGAAGAGAAAAAUUGCGAUUCCGAGAAUGCCGACGACCGCUGGUAGACCAACAAGGCAAGCAUUUGCAUUGGUGAAUGCAGUGGCUCAACCAGAUCUGAUUCCUACUAGUGGACCGCCGAGUACUGCCGGUUCAGAUAGCCCCGCCUUUGAGUUUACUAAAGAGGAUGUUGAAUCUUUACUCGCUGAGAAAUUGAAAACUAAGAACAAGUUUAACACUAAGGAAAAGUGCGAUCUCAUGUCAGAAUACAUAAGAAGACUUAAGCUAUGCGUUAAGUGGUUCCAGCAGCUUGAAGAAAGCCAUGUCACACAACAGGCAUCACUUAGAACCUUGCUAGACUCAGCAGAGAAGAAAUGCAACGAGAUGGAGAUGCUUAUGAAAGCCAAAGAGGAAGAAUUGAACUCAAUCAUAAUGGAGUUAAGGAAAACUAUUGAAGCUCUGCAAGAGAAGUGUGCAAAAGAGGAGUCAGCCAAAUUGGAAGCGAUGGAUUCUUUUAGUAGGGAGAAAGAGGCUAGAGAUGCAGCAGAGAAACUGCAAGCUUCAGUUUCUGAAGAGCUCAAGAGAUCUCAACAAGACAAUUCAAGUGCGAAUCAAAAGAUUCAAUCACUAAAUGAAAUGUACAAGCGGUUACAGGAGUACAAUACAAGUUUACAGCAGUACAACAGUAAGCUCCAGUCUGAACUUGCUUCAACAAAUGAAACAUUGAAGCGUGUGGAGAAGGAGAAAGCUGCAGUUGUUGAAAAUCUCAGCACCCUCAGGGGGCAUUAUACUUCUUUGCAGGAACAGCUCUCUUCUUCUAGAGCUGUUCAAGAUGAGGCUGUGAAACAAAAAGAAACUUUAGCAAAUGAAGUUGGAUGUUUGCGGGCAGAUUUACAAAAGAUGAGGGAUGAUCGUGAUCAACAGUUGUAUCAAGUCCAGGUUCUAAAUGCUGAAUUACAAAAAUGUAAGGAAUGUACUGGGAAAUCUGUUGCUGAGUUAGAGAACAUGUCAGUAAGGGCAAACGAACUGGAGGCACAAUGUCUGUCUCAAUCUGAACAAAUAAUCAGAUUGCAAGAAAAACUUACUUUUGCGGAGAAGAGGUUACAGAUGUCCGACAUGUCAGCACUUGAAACAAAAACAGAAUAUGAGGAGCAGAAGAAAAUGAUCUUUGAUUUGCGCCAGCGUCUUGCUGAUGCAGAAACAAAAGUUGUGGAAGGGGAGAAACUUCGGAAAAAAUUGCACAAUACUAUACUGGAAUUGAAAGGCAACAUACGGGUUUUCUGUAGAGUGAGACCUUUAUUAUCUGAAGACUGUGUUAGUACAGAAGCCAAUGUUAUCUCUUUUCCUACCUCAAUGGAAGCACAAGGGAGAGGGAUUGACGUGGCACAAAAUGGGCAAAAGCAUUCCUUCACAUUUGACAAAGUUUUCACGCCCGAGGCUUCACAACAAGAUGUUUUUGUUGAGAUAUCCCAACUUGUACAGAGUGCUCUUGACGGUUAUAAGGUUUGUAUAUUUGCUUAUGGUCAGACUGGUUCUGGCAAGACACAUACAAUGAUGGGCAACCCAGAAAGUCCAGAGAAUAAAGGACUAAUACCCCGCACCUUAGAACAGGUAUUUGAGACCCGACAGUCUCUUCAAGCACAAGGGUGGAAAUAUGAAAUGCAGGUUUCUAUGCUUGAAAUAUACAACGAGACAAUUCGGGACCUUUUGUCAGGUUUCGAUGCUUCCAGACCAGAAAACGGCGGAAAGCAAUAUACAAUCAAACAUGAUGUAAAUGGCAACACCCAUGUCUCUGACCUGACAAUUGUAGAUGUUCAUAGUAGUAGCAAGGUUUCUUCUCUUCUAAGGCGGGCUGCACAAAGCAGGUCUGUUGGCAAGACUCAGAUGAACGAGAAUUCUUCAAGAAGUCAUUUUGUUUUCACUUUGAGAAUUUCCGGUGUUAAUGAGAGCACAGAGCAGCAAGUGCAAGGUGUACUCAACUUGAUUGAUCUUGCUGGCAGUGAGCGUCUGUCCAAGAGUGGGUCUACUGGAGAUAGGUUGAAAGAAACUCAGGCUAUCAACAAGAGUCUAUCGUCUUUAAGUGAUGUUAUAUUUGCUCUUGCAAAGAAAGAGGAGCAUGUGCCAUUUAGGAACUCAAAGCUUACAUAUCUUCUCCAGCCUUGUCUAGGUGGUGACUCGAAGACGUUGAUGUUUGUCAAUGUUGCACCGGAUCCUUCUUCUACUGGCGAGUCCCUGUGUUCUCUCCGAUUUGCAGCAAGAGUGAAUGCUUGUGAGAUUGGAAUCCCAAGGCGUCAAACGAGCAUGCGUUCAUUGGAUUCUCGCUUAAGCAUUGGCUAAUAAUUUUUUCUUAUAUUUAUAGAACUCUCGUUCUAUCUUUAGAAAGUGUGUGGUCUGUAUUCUAUAUUAUUGGCAUUUGAUUUUAACAGAAGUAAACACACCCGCUAACAGAAUCCACCUUCAAUUUGUAUAGUGGAGAGAGAAUACUGCCAAUGUAUCUGUAAUAUCAAGGGCUUUGCCUAUCAACAUUAUCUCCUGAUUUUUUUCUUUCACGAUGUUACCCGAGUGUUGUAACUUUUUGAUUUAAAUUUAGUCUCCCUUUGCUGUAACUUUCUUUUGUUGUGGUCUUGUGGACAUCUUCAGAAGUAUAUAAUUGACGAAAACAGGAUCAAAUGCAUUCGUU